AUGUCUGGCAAGCUCGACCAAGCUCUUGAGGACAUCACUCAGGCCCAGCGCCGCAGCGCUCGCCGUCGCAACAACCCGCGCCGUUCCACCGGACGCCCCGCCGCAGCCGCGCCUGUCGGAGGUAUCCAGAAGAACUCGAAGCCCGCUCGCGGUGCUGGCGCAAAGCCCGUUCCGGCAAAGGCGACCCCCACCAACAGUGACAGCAAGAUUAUCGUCAGCAAUCUGCCUAAGGACGUCUCGGAGCAGCAGAUUAAGGAGUAUUUCGUCCAGUCCGUUGGUCCCAUCAAGCGAGUCGAGAUCUCCUACGGUCCCAACUCGCAAAGCCGUGGUAUCGCCAACGUGACCUUCCACAAGUCGGACGGCGCCAGCAAGGCCUUCCAGAAACUGAACGGUCUUUUGGUUGACAACCGACCUAUCAAGAUCGAGAUCGUUGUCGGAGCCGCCCAGGCCGACAAGGUCAUCCCUGCUGUCAAGACUCUCGCUGAGCGCACCACCCAGCCCAAGGCUCAGCCCAAGUCGGCGGCUGCUGACAAGCACAACGCUGGCGCUGCCAAGGGUGGUGCUGCCAAGGGAGCUGCCGCCAACAAGAAGCGCCGUGGUCGCAACAACCGUCCCGCGAAGAAGACUCGCGAGGAGCUCGACUCAGAGAUGAACGACUACUUCGACGCUGCGGCCAACCCCGAGGCCAGCAACGCGGCUGCUCCAGCCCCGGCACCAGCUGCCGCUGGCGGCGAUGCUGACAUGGAUGGUAUUGCUUGA